AUGAUUGAUUGUGGUUAUAAAGAUAAUGAACAAUGUUCUUUAAUCAAUGGAACUUGUUUCAUAACUGAAUCUGAAGCACUUUUCAAAUGUACGACGAAAAAUAUGUGUAUUUCUUCCAAAUUAAUCGAAAACGGUAAAUGUGAUUGUGGAUUUGAUGAAUAUGAUUUAAGCGUUAUUGAAAUUUCUAGUCUUGAUUACAUUAGAAAACAAAUUUCAUUUCCAACUAUUUGUGAGAGUUUUACUGAACUGGCACCUGUCAUUGUUAAUAGAGCAAAUGAAAUCGAUGAAACCGAAUAUGAAUAUUGGCAACGUAAUAAUAUUUAUGCACAUUGUGACGGAUUCUGA